AUGCAUUUCCUAGCACUGCUUGGUCUGCUAUCCGCCGUAUCCAUCGGCAGCGGAAGCACCAUUUACAAAUCCUCGCAAGCAAAAGGGCAUGAAGAUGAAAUCUCCGGCACUGAUCCUCUAUCCUCCCGUUUCGGUCAAGACCUACCUAGGCUCUGUGGCUCGCCUGCCACUACGCUGAGAACGAUAGCUGAUGACAGGAGGCAUGUGAGGAAGGAUGGUGUUUCCUCAACGACGGCUGGCACGAAUAUUCCUGAUAUCAAACCAAUCAAUACUGUGAAAAAGUCGGCCAACACGACGGCAGUUAAGGAGAAGCCUACCACAUUCAAUACUACAUUAACCAGUUUAACACCCCCCGAUUUCAAGCCCAUAAAUACACUGAGAAGACCUAGUAGCGUGAAGAGCCUGAUUUUCCCUUCUAUUACCGGCUCUACUACCCACUCUGCCACCCGUUCUGCAACCAACGCUGAUGCCAACUCCUCAUUAAGGGGUACAACCACCCAAAGUAGUAGGACUACCAAUACACUAGAGGAGCCCAGCAACACGAAGAGCAUUGAGACAUCUCGUGCCAAGAGUUCUACGUCAACCCGCUUAGCACCCCCGGAUUUCAAACCUAUCAAUACAUUGGAACGGCCUAGUACCUCAAAGACUAUUGAUAAGCAGCCCACCAAUGCAACACCUACCGGUCAUAGCCAACAUAGUACACAUGCUCCUAACUCAACCUCUGCCGUCUCAUCGCCUACCAACUCAAAGCCCACCAACUCAACAUCUACCAGCUCAGCACUUACCAAUGAUAAUCAACAUAGUACAAGGGUCUCCAGCUUAACGCCUACCACUCAUAACGAGCCUGGCACAAAUAUUCCCAUCUUAACACCUACUAGUUCAACGUCUACUAGCUCAACAACUGCAGCACAUGUCCUAUUUACUUUACCAGCUGAAGCCGUUUUCGUUACGCUUCCAGACUAUACAGCCACUACGCCAACGUAUAUCACUACAACCUCACCGGGAGGGCAUGAUCCCACUAUAGUUCCAGUUAUUAUUCCUUUCAAGGGACCCCCUCAAGUUUGCUUUAAUUGCUUCAACGUGUUUCCACCUAAUAUUCAAAUUGAUACCCCAAAAAUAUGCAUCCAACUGUUCAAAAGCUUGAUUAGAAGCUGUCCACCGGACGAGAUAAAAAAUAAGGAUAGUGAGAAUAAUAACAAGGACGACAACAAGGACGACAACAAGGAUGAGAAGCAAGAUGACACCAAGUCAACAUCAGCUGAAGAGUCCACCAAGACAAGCUGCACCACCACUCAAACAGCAUUUUACAAGAGCAUCGGCUGUACUGCCACAGCCACAAACCAGCCAGACCCCUCAUGCUCAACGACAACUUACAGUACGGUGACUGGAUGCCAUCCCACCGCGUCGUCCACAACAGUAACCACAUACCAUACAGAGACGACUCCUGAGGUAUGUUCGCCAAGAACAUGCGGCCGCAAGACCUGCCCUCACAGCCCCAAGACCUUGAAAGGGACGACGGGAAAGAAGGCACGCGGAUUUGAAGAGUAUAAGUACUACCCUCUACUAAAGCGCGGGGACGAAAGCAACGGCGACUGGGUCGAUCCCAGCGACUAUCCGUCUACCCAACAAUUCAUGAUUGGCGAGGUCAAGAAGAUGUCCCAGUCGCCCUCUCCCGAGCACAAAAUUGUCAGGUGGACCAGCCCACCCGAGGGCGAAGACGUUGAUAUGGACUCAGACGACGGUGAACUACCGACCUCCGAAACCCUCGUAUUCGGGGACAAGCCCGCUUCCCUGGCCAUGACAGAUCUCUACGGCUGCACCGGGCUCCUGGUGGUGUCGACGAGGGGCGCGUGGAUGAUGCACAUAUGGGAGCCCGUGUUCCCGGCCACGGACGACGCGGACGCAGACGACGACUUUUUCGAAGACCACGUCCUUAGUCCCAUCACCCAAUCCUGGCCCCUCGACCACAUGUGGCACCAGUACCACGCGUACUCCCUCGACGACCUGCGCAGCGCGAUACACGAGCCGCCGGAGUACGGCCACAUGUUCGGCAAGGACCGCGACGAUGUUCCGGAUACGCACAUAUACAUCGCCACGCCACGAGUGCCAAUAUGGUUUACCUUUGUCCGUGACCCAGACAAUAACAAUAGAAUCACCGGCCUGCGUGACCUGCGCGGCCAUCCCCUGACCAACGAGCAACUAGCGGACGAGAACGCGAACGCAGGCACCGUGCGGUACGUGUCGCGAAUCCGGCAAAUGGCGCACUACCUCCUCGACUUUCUGUCCUCAAACGUAGUGGACGCAAAGCUCCAGGUCACCGACUACGCGUACAGGUACCUGUCCAUAGAGAAGUACAUCGAGAUCGACGGCCGCCGGCCUAAUCCGGCAGAAGCGUACGACAACUUCGGAGACGAGCACUUCCGCACACAUCGCGGGAAGAUGCUCGUGCAGUACCAGCCGGGGAAGUGUGACGGCCGAAAGGCGUCGUGGCGCGCGUUUGUCGAGGGGAAAGAAGUGGGAUACUUUGAAUGGGAGCCGUCGCCGAGCCAGAUAUUCAAAGAAAGAGUGGGAGCUCGCGCGGAAGACGGCUGGGCUUGUCCGCCGAGGACCAGCAAGACGGAGGAGAGCAAGACUACUGGAACGACGCGUACCACCAAGGAAUCUACCACCAAUGGAUCUACUACGAAGGAGCCGGCUUCUAAGCAGUCUACUGCUAAGGAAUCUACCACCAAGGAGUCAACCACUAAGCAGCCUACCACCAAUGAGUCUACUACCAAGGAAUCUACCACCAUGAAGUUCACGACCAGGACAGAGACACCAACAAGCACACUUCAAACAGCUCACCCCACGCCCACAGCCUCACCAACCCCUAUCCACGCCACCCCCUGCUCCCAAUCCUCCUGCUCCAAGCGCUCCUGCCCCCACGGCGGCAAAGCCAGCUGCCUACCCCUCAACCUCCUCCUCCCCCUCAACGCCGGAGUCCAGCGUAUCUGCUCGUGCCCCCAACCCUCUCCCUCUCCCUCUCCCUCUCCCUCUCCCCCUCCCUCCUACUGCACCCUGCACAUCUGGGAGCGGUCCUCCGGCCCCCUCGACGGCGUCCUCGCAACCCUGACCCUGCGCAACGCGAGCGCCGGCGCCUCCCCACCACCACUACACGUGCAGUCGACGCCUCACGGCCGCAUGGCAUGGAACGAGACCGUCUCCCUCCUUGCCAAGGACACGGGGCUGCCCCACACGCUCGAGGUGCAGUUCACGACGACGCUGCCGAAGGGCGUGGCGCCGGCGGAGUGCGUCGGCGCCGACGUGGCGUGUUCGCCGUCGCGGUACCGGGAGUGGAUCGUUGCGUUCAGCUAUGGGGGUGUCAGGUGGGAGGAUGUGCAGACGGGCACGGGGAAGGGGGAGGCGUACUGCGCGAGUGAGGGGUGGAAGUUGAAGCCGUUGCCGAGUCGGGAUUUGGAGUGUCGGUUUCCUUGCUGAGAUGGAGAUGGAUGGAUGGAUGGAUGGAUGGGUUUGUUGGAAGGGAGGGUUGGGUAUGGUUGCUUAGUUGGGGAGUCGUCAUUAUUGUCUGUAGCGGUCGUUUUCUGGGCCGACACAUAGGUACUAGGUAGGCUAUUAAGUCUUCACGAAAUCCCCAAAUAAAGUCCCAUUUUGGUAUUACGUUUCUGGCAUGGCCAUUUAUUCUCUUAUUCAUGGAGCGAGAUGAAGCUGCGAACGUGUGGGGUUUUCUUUUCUUUUUUUUUUUUG